ACAAGAAGCAGUGGCAGAUAUAUGGUAAACUUCGUUGGAAUAAGCAUUGGCAACAAAACAUUUAACAUUUUUGCGACAACAUCAUCUUCACAGGGCACUAUGAUAGACUCCGGAACUAUCAUUACUCGCCUUCCGACACCAGUCUAUGCACAAUUCCGCUCUAUUUUCAAAAACCUCAUGUUGGAAUACCUACCUGUUACUCCACCCAAUGACGAGACUAUCUUGGACACAUGUUAUGAGCUCAAGGGGUACAAAUACAGCACUGUGAAAAUCCCUGUGGUAUUGCAUUUUGAGAAUUUAGACGCCCAUUUGGACAGAUCACAAGUUCUUUGGCAAGAAAAUUCUUCGGUUUAUUGCUUGGUUUUUGCAGGAAACAAAGAUGAUGACAAUAUGGUCAUCAUCGGUGACCACCAGCUGCAAAAGCUAAAUGUUUUGUAUGAUAUCCAGAGAAGUAAGGUGGGAAUCGGGGCCGGUAACUGCGGCUGAUGAUGCCCGGAAAUCAUACCGGGACCUGAUUAGAAUAGAAGUUGCUUUUGCAGGACUUGGGUCAAUUUCUGCUGUUUUUUUUUUUUUUUUAACCUAUUUUCCUCUGUUUUUCCUGUUGAAGAAAGAUUGGAACAAUGAUAAAAUGAAGAAGUCCAAUGCAUCUUUUCUUUUUUAUGAUAUUUAAUAGAAAUUCAUUACAUAA